AUGGCUGUUACAUAUGUGAAGGAAUCCCAAAGAACUCAUUUAGUAAACCAGUUAUUCUUAGAAAAGAAACCAGAAUUCCUUCAGCAACAGCAAAUCUUUGGUGCUUCUCAAAGAAAAGAAAGAGCUAGAGGAGUGGUGCCCGUGAAAGGGGCAGGCAAGGCUAGGACCUCCCGCAUAGUGGCACAGAUAGAAGUGUGCUGCUGGACACCUGGAGGAUCAACUCCUGGGAGAGGGUCCCUGCUGCCUCCUCUUCGUCCUCCUCCAGGUAAACGGUUGCAAGAAUGGAUUUCUGUUAUCCUUUGCAUGAGCUUGGUCACAGUUGACUUUCUGAUCCUGUUAAUCCAUUUUUCAGCAAAUCAUCUUUAUAAAAUAAUAGCAGGCAUAGUUGCUGGAAUUAUUACAGCUGAUUUUGCCUCAGGCAUGGUUCACUGGGGAGCUGAUACCUGGGGUUCCGUUGAUAUUCCUGUCAUUGGCAAGGCAUUUAUCAGACCAUUUAGAGAGCAUCAUAUUGAUCCAACAGCAAUAACGAGGCAUGACUUCAUUGAGACUAAUGGAGAUAACUGUUUGAUAACCAUAAUUCCACUGGCCUGCAUGUUAUAUCAGUUCCUCUCUCAAACCCCAGAAUAUAUACAUGAGACAUAUGCUUGGGACUGCUUUAUGUUUGCACUAGCUAUUUUUGUCACAAUGACUAAUCAGAUUCAUAAGUGGUCCCAUUCCUACUUUGGGCUGCCUCUAUGGGUCACAGUUUUGCAAGAUAUGCACAUCAUUUUACCGAGGAACCACCACAGAAUCCAUCAUGUAGCACCCCAUGAAACUUAUUUUUGCAUCACCACAGGCUGGCUAAAUUAUCCCUUGGACAGAAUAGGAUUUUGGAGGAAAAUGGAAAAUAUUAUUGAAGCCUUAACAGGUCAAAAGCCUCGAACUGAUGAUUUACAGUGGGCAUGGAAAAUGCAAUAAAGCACUAUCAGAAAAUAAAGAACUAAUAUGUAUCUACAGGAAACAAGCUUCUUUUUAGCACAAUGGAUUCCAAUCUCUGGCACAAUGAGUUUAUGAAAACUUCAAAAUUCUACAGAGCAUUGUUUGUAAUGUUGACUGAAGAAUUUGAUGAUUUGCCAGCUUGGAUUUCAACCAUUGAAUGUAAUUGCUAAUCUUGAUUGGUUUUAAGAGACUAUUAUGCCUGAUGUUGUAUUUGUUAGGACUUCUGUAUCCUAUUACUGUACGUGGGUGGAUACUCACAAUGCAUCUGACUUCAUAAAUGCACCAAGAAAUAAAUAGAAACGUUAAUUAACAUAAA